UGGAGGGUAUAGAGUCCACUCUCAGACUCAGCGACAACAUUCUCUCUCUAGAACCUCACUGCGAACCCAUCAGUUUCUCUCUCUAUCCAAUUGCAGUUGCAGAGGGCUGUAACCAACGGCGGAGUUCCGGUGGUUUUACACCGGAAUGUCACUUUCCGGCUGUACUCCGGCACCUAUUGCGUCCUUUUCAGCUCCUUUUUCUCUCUCUAUCUCUAAGUCACAAUGCACCUCCUCGUUAAAAAUGUCAGAAUCUUGAUUCUUUUACUUAGAAAAGCUGGGUGAAACUUGGCUCCAUUUGCAGCUGUACAAUUUUUUGUUUCCCCUUUCUCUCCAUUUUUUGUYUGCCUCUUUUCUCUUGCUUUUUCUCGUCGAUCUCGCUCUCCAAUUUCCCCUUUGUCAUCGCUGCUAAUCGAAUCUGACUUCUCUCUCUCUUCCCCUUUUUCUUUCCGGUUCAUCUUUUGCUCAGAUAACUUUUGAAGCUAGAUUCUUCUCUUUUUAUCUCUUUCUUUAUUUUGCCCCUUUCUCCUUGUCGUUGCUUAGACCCAUUUUGAAUCUGUAAAAGUUGCUUUUAAUCUGUUUUGGAUUAGGGAUUCAUUUCUAAUUUUAAUCGUCUCUUCAGUUUUUCCAGAAUGUUUAUCAUGUGGUUACCAGCCGAAUUCAAUGUAGGUUCCCUGAGGCUCUGAUUUCUAUUCUGGCUCAUUCAUUCCUCUCCCCCUGCUCCAUGGGAAUUCCAUAGCCCUUUACCUCGCUGAAGGUGAUUUUACACCCAACUGUUUUUGGUCAACUUCUCAGAAACAGAUCCUUGAGUUUGCUGCAGCCUUGCGUAUUCAGCAUUACAGGUAUUGAGAUGAAUGGGAUUCAGAGAAGAAAAGUUGGUAAUAAUGACAAGCCUUUCCCUGGCUGUCUGGGUAGAAUGGUGAACCUUUUCGAUCUGAGUACGGGUGUUCCUAGGAACAAGCUUCUUACUGAUGCACCACAUCGUGAAGGUUCUGCACUCUCAAGAAGUCAGGCAGAUGUUGCAAGGAUGUUUAAUCACUCCACAAAUCAGACCGAAGAUAAUCUGACAGUGCCUGAAUUGCAGAGGAUAUCGCGUAAGAAAGCAAAUGGAACGCCUGUGAAGAUGCUCAUAGAUCAAGAGAUGUCCGAAAUGGAGCGGAUGCACAAUCCACCCAAUGUGGUUGCAAAACUAAUGGGGCUUGAAACUCUCCCUCGUCAGCUUCCUGGUUCAUCUAUUCAAAGAAAUAAUGUAAGAAGUUAUCCAAAGAGUAGAGUUGCAGACCAUUGGAUGCCAUUAGGAUGUAGGGAACAAGGCGACUUCUUGGAGGAGGAAAUUAAAUGCCAAGAUGAUCAAUGUUCAGAGCAGAAGGAAUAUAAAGAUGUUUAUGAAAUAUGGCAGCAAUCUCCGCAGACGAAUUACACUAGAGAAAAACUGCCAAAGAAGGGAAUGGAAAGUGAAAUUUUGAAUGAUAGAAAGAUGGAACUUGUUCGCCAGAAGUUUGUAGAAGCUAAACGUCUGGCCACCAACGAGAGACUGUGUCAAUCCAAGGAAUUUCAAGAUGCACUAGACGUCUUAAGUUCUAACAAGGAUUUGUUUGUCAAGUUUCUGCAGGAGCCAAAUUCUUUGUUUACUCAGCAUCUGAAUGAACUCCAGUCCAUCCCUCCAUCUCCUGAGACAAAACGUAUCACUGUUCUUAGACCUACAAAGGUUUCUAGGGAUGAAGGGUUUACUGAAUUCGAGAAAAAAAACUACAGACAGUUGAGGCUACCAGCUCAGAGGGGUCAGUCAGCUAUUUUAGACAAAAGCGACUUGAGACGUUCUCCUACUCCAGCUAAUAGGACUAAUGAAUAUGCUGUAGCUAUUAAUCGAGCUAAUGARUAUGCUGUAGCUGUUCAAUCAACAAGAAUAGUGGUACUGAAGCCUAGUCCUGGGAGGAGUCAUGAUACUAAGCCUAUAAUCUCAUUACCUGGYGCAUUGCCUAGAGUGGUGCAGGGUGGAAGCUUUCAUGAGGGAUUUGAAGAUGAUGAUGUGAAGGAAUCAAGAAAAUUUGCAAAGAAUAUUACUCAGAAAAUGUGUGAAAAUCUUUUGGGGCAUCGAAGGGACGAGACUUUGCUUUCUUCUGUGUUUUCAAAUGGUUAUACUGGUGAUGAAAGUUCAUUUGAAAAAUCAGAAAAUGACUAUGCAGUUGAAAAUCUCAGUGAUUUGGAAGUCAUGUCUUCCUCUUCACGGCAUUCUUGGGAAUAUGUAAACAGAUAUAGUAGCCCGUAUUCAUCCUCCUCAUUCAGCCGGAUGUCAUGUUCUCCAGAGUCAUCAGUGUGCAGAGAAGCCAAAAAGCGACUAUCAGAAAGAUGGGCCAUGAUGGCAUCACAUGGGAACUAUCAAGAGAAAAGGCACGUUCGGAGAAACUCAAGUACAUUGGGUGAGAUGCUUGCACUCUCAGAUGCAAAGAAAUCAACAGUUUUGGAUAAUGAAGUUAAUGAACAUGAAACAAGUGAAUUAGAUCCAUGUUUUAAUCGUGAUGAAAAUAUAGAAUGUAUUGACGAUUCGCCCACGACAUUUAUAAGGUCAAAAUCUGUCCCGGGAUCUUUUGCAUCAUUUGGUGUGCUUAAUGUUGAAGCAUCAGAUCUUGAGACUGUCAAAACUGAUGAUCCGAAGUUCCUGGCAAAGCCAAAGGGUACUAAGUCGUCAUCAUUUAAUGAGAAAGUUUCUAGUUUAUUUUUCUCUAGGAAUAAGAAAACAAGUAAAGAAAAUUGUAGCGGAUCUCAAACAAAGGAUGAAUCGCAAUAUUCCAGUGCUGGGACACCCUCACCCCUAUCUUUCAUUCGUCAUUCUAGAGGGGUGAGUAACGGUAAUGAAGGCCUCGAAGGGUGCUCGUCAAGCUCGUCUUUUCUACAUUUAACCAAUAUGGUUGCGGGAGGAGGUGCAGUUCAUCAUGAGGCAGGGUUGUCUGUAAAAAGGCCUUUCAUGACUGGAAAUAUUGGUGAAAAUCAGGAGCAGCCAAGUCCAAUAUCCGUUCUGGAACCGCCAUUUUUUGAAGACGACUACACAAAUCUUGAGUUGUCAAGCUAUUUGAAGCCAGGAAACCAAGAGUUCUGUAUGCCGUUCAAGAGUAGCCUCAUUGACAAAUCGCCGCCCAUAGAAUCAAUUGCUCGGAGUAUGUUCUGGGGCGCUUGUUUGGAUUCAUCUGCUCCUUAUCCACUUGAAUCUCCACCAGUUUCCACUUGUUUGGAGGAAGAACAAAACUGGCAUUGCCUUGUCGAAGCCCUUCUCACAAUGUCUGGUCUCAGUAGUGAAGUACAACAAUGUGGCUUAUUGUUCACUAGAUGGCAUUCGCCUGUAAAUCCACUAGAUCCAUCUCUAAGAGACAAAUAUGCCAAUCUAAGCAGCAAAGAGCCAAUGCUCGAGGCCAAGCGGAGGCAGCUGCGAUCAAGUAGGAAGCUUGUAUUUGACCGUGUCAAUGCUGCCUUGGUGGACAUAACUAGUGAGGAACACGACCAAAUAUGGAGAGCAAAAACACCUACCGGUGCUGGUGCCCGUGACAGCAGCUCUACAGAGUGUACAUCACUAACAUUAUUAGACUGUGUUAUGGGCAAACUCAAGGAUUGGGUUUGUGGUGAAUCUAGAUGUGUUUUAGGAGACAUAGGGGACAGCAACAGCCUGGUGGUGGAAAGGGUAGUUAGAAAAGAGGUUGGGGGGAGAAAUUGGGAUGACCAUCUGAGGAUGGAAAUGAAUAAUUUGGGGAAGGAAGUAGGAAGGAGAUUAAUGGAAGAGCUUUUGGAAGAGGCUGUAGUUGAACUGACAGGUCGAUGCAGAAUUCGGUUUUAAGCUCGCUCCGACAUCCUAUGCUCAAGAAUUGUAGAGCAUACCUCGAACUCCAGGUCUCUAGGGAGUCAACUUGGAUUUGUUCAGGUUGAUCGGCUCAAUUGGAUCCAGGCUGAGUGAUCCAACCCUAGUCGGGUCUAGUCCGGUCAGGUUUGGCCUCACUACAAAUGAAUCUUACCCAUAGGAGUAAGUUUGAAAGAAAAUAUAUAGAUAGCCGAAGAAGCAGCAGAAUGUGGCAAUGAGGCCUAAAAAAAGCACAUGAUCCCGUGACAGCCUGUAAUGGGUAUUUGGAAUCAAGGGCAUUAAUUGAAAAAAGGAUUCGGCUUUAUCCGUGGGGUCCAUUGAUUGCUAUUUGCUAGUGGACUGAUUCUUCAAACAGUGAAGGCCAAUGGGACACACACACUCGUAUCGCAGUCGUCUCUAUCUGUAUAGGAAAUCGCAUUGGUUCAGGGCAGACRUGUGAUUGCCA